UAUUUUACUAUCGCACUGUUCAUUACAUGCAGUAUUAGAAGGCUGCCACGGGCGGAUAGCGGUCUUUACCGCGUGCGAACCUAUUCCUUAACAAAGGUUUUUUAACCUACAAUAAAAACUUUUUAGUGCGAUAAACAAAAUUUAAAAAUUGUAAUUGUAUAUCUGUGACUUAAAAUAUAAACCGACGGAUUUAAAAACGGCCGAUCGUCAUGUGUCGUUCAAGGCUUUUCGGUUGUUUUAAAAAUUGGAGUAACAUGACUUUGACAGUUCAAUAAAAAUAUUUACAUGAAGUGAAAAUUGACUUUUAAUGGAUAGUUUUCGUGAUUUUUUUUUUUUCAAAACGUAGGUAGUGAUUUCCACUCGGUCUUAUUUUAGUGUCGAUAAUGUGAAAUUAUUCUGUAGGCAAUACAUAGUUAUUAGGCAAAUAGUAUUGGAGAUUCAGAUGACUAAAGAUGGAGAAAAUACGAUUUUAGGAAGAAUAGAAAUGUGACAUUAACUUCUAUUUUUUUAUGUUUUAUAUUAAAUAGCAUGUGAUUCUUUCGUAUUGAUUAAAAUAAGGCCAGUAUUAGUUAAUAAAACUUAGUUAAAUAAAUAAAAUGUUUAAUAAUAUCGCUGAUUCAAGAACAAGUAAAGGACUGGAUUUAAUUUUAAAAAGACCGGCGGAUGUUUCGGAGAUUUGCACAAAAUAUACUUAAUGGUGUACAUGGAUGAGAGGGGGCGCGCUGGGCGCCGCGACGGUGCCGCUUUGCCUAAUUCAAUAAAGGCAUGCGAAGCGCCCAUCCAGUUGGAACCAGUAGACCUAAGUUUGAAAAGACGCUCGCCGACACCACGACGUCGUUCAAGACAUCUCGGUAGUAGUUAUCCAACGUCAUCGAAACUGAUAAAAAUCGAAGAGCCGACGUCAACUCAACUACCGUUCGACUCCAAACUUGAUGAGCCAAGGAUCAAGCUCGGUCCAGACCUUCGCAGUGCGAGGAAAAUGAAGAAUGUCAGUAGGUUAAAACAACCCUCGAACCAUCACGCUCCGCAAACAUCAAUCGAUCUGUCAAAUUUAUUCGCGCCAAUCCUUCCAUUCGCAAUUCCGAAUCAAUUGAAACCGAACGCACCGGACGUGGAAAUUAAAAACUUUUUACUGAACACAGCCUUGCAGAACGCUCUGAACGACUCGCUGAGUGAACUGUCUCAGAAGGAAUUCACCACGGAUAAAAUUACAACGGAAAAAAUGGUUACAGAUAAGAAAGAUAAAGAAUGCGAGGCUCAGAGUCGAAGGAGGUUGCAUAAGUGCGAUGUGGCCGGAUGUCAUAAGGUUUACACGAAAAGUUCACAUUUGAAAGCUCAUAAGCGUACACACACAGGUGAAAAACCAUAUAGCUGCGGCUGGGCUGGCUGCGGUUGGAGAUUUGCGAGAUCGGACGAACUGACAAGACACACGCGCAAGCACACCGGACACAGGCCCUUUUCAUGCCCCCUGUGCCGGAGGGCCUUCGCGCGAUCCGAUCACCUCGGACUACACAUGAGACGACAUUAGUGUAUGUUUUAUAAAUUAUUGAACGCGAACCAUUCACGGUAAAUUAUAUUAUGCAUCAGAAACGUUUCACUAAAGCGUUAUACAAACGUUGCACUCGAUUUCGACUAAUUUCCGUAACAAAAUAUUUUCACUUCAAAUAUGAAUAGCGCGCAGGAGAUUUAAGUAAAAAUAUUUUGUAUCAAUUUCGUGUUUCACGCAUGCGCGAGCGUUUUCCUUAUUUGGUCCAAUUGUGUAGGCUCUGAUACUUUACUUUUUCUUAAGAUAGCUCAAAAUACAGUAACGUUCAUAAAAUGCUUAAUACGUAUUUAGGUACAGAGGGCCUAACCCUAGGGGGGGCAGUAUUUAUGUUCG